AUGAUUGCGCUUUUGAUUCUCUAUGCUCAUAAAGGUUCCCUUCUUUUGUCUUUACCUCACCUUUUCAUGGAUGGUUGCAACAUCAUCACCCUAUAUGUAGUGACUGGGGUUGCUUGUGCUGCUUCUCCAUGUUCUUCAAACAAAAUGAUUAAUGCACAUUCUCAUAUGGGCUCUGGUAGUAGAACCACUCGAAGAGGUUAUGAGUUUGGAAAGACAUACGUAGUGAGACCCAAAGGAAAACACCAAGCCACUAUAGUUUGGUUGCAUGGUCUUGGUGAUAAUGGUUUGAGCUCAUCUCAGCUUUUGGAAUCCCUUCCACUUCCAAAUAUAAAAUGGAUUUGUCCAACUGCCCCUAGCCGUCCUGUGGCAAUACUUGGUGGUUUUCCUUGUACAGCAUGGUUUGAUGUGGGAGAACUUUCAGAAGAUUUCCCAGAUGAUUGGGAGGGUUUGGAUGCCUCAGCAACACACAUUGCUAACUUGCUGUCAACAGAGCCUGCUGAUGUGAAAGUUGCUAUUGGAGGCUUCAGCAUGGGUGCAGCAAUAGCUCUAUACUCUGCAACUUGUUUUGCCAUUGGAAGGUAUGGAAAUGACACUCCCUAUCCUAUCAAUCUAAGAACAGUGGUUGGACUGAGUGGUUGGCUUCCUGGAUCAAGGAGUUUAAGGAACAAGAUAGAAGUAUCACAUGAAGCAAGAAGACGUGCAACUUCAUUACCCAUUUUGUUGUGCCAUGGACUGAGUGAUGAUGUAAUCCUUCACAAAUAUGGUGAAAAAUCAGCUCAAUCUUUAUGCUCAGCAGGGUUUCGAUAUGUUGCAUUCAAAUCCUAUGAUGGGCUUGGCCAUUACACAGUUCCCAGAGAGAUGGAUGAGGUUUGUACUUGGCUUAGUUCAAGGUUGGGACUUGAAGGAUCCUCAUAA